AGUUACUGCCUCGAAGUUGCGAGGUUAUCUUUACCCUGGCGGUUAACACAAACAUCGUCCGGAUAAAAGAGUUUCGCUGUUUUUUUGUUUUUUUUUUUUUUUACCGGAAAUGCAAGUGGCCAGUUCUCCUAUUUUUCACGCGGAGGAUGACAACUUUCAUCUCCGUGGCCAUUGAAGUUUAUUUUUUAGGAGGCGUGUAUUGAUGGCGUUAACAGCUAUACAAUUAUUCGUGUUGGAAUUGGUAUUUUUUGUUUCACCUUGAAAAUAUAAAAGGCUGUUUUCACCGUCAUGGAGGGAAGGGCGCUGAGCAAUGCGACCGGUUACUCGGACGAAUGGGGCGACUGGGAUAAGCGGCCCUCUGGUCUGUCGUUUCUGACCAAACUCCUGGCUGUCCUGUCCGUUGUCGUCGUCGGCACCGCUCUCGCCACCAACAAUUGGCUCCUCACCGAGGAGCUCAUCACCCGGGUUCCGCUCUUCAACGAAAACGCAACCAUGACGUCACAACAAACCGUGACGACACAACAGGACGAACCUGCUCGCUUCCUUGAAAAGACCAUAGCCGGCUUGUGGACGGUCUGUAUUUCGAACUUGACGACUGGGUGCUUCGAUUGUUUCCAAAUAUUCGAAGUUUUUGACGAAAGUUACGUGCCUGACCCCGGUGACUCAGCUUGGGCCAUGCCAUAUGCAGCGUCCCGCUCGAUUGGAUUUUUUCUCCUGGCAACAGUGCUGCUUUGUUUCGCAGAAGUGUGCUUUGUGAUAAGUCUUUUAAAGAAUAAGGAUUGGAUUAUUUUUGUGUCUGGUGUCAGUUUUAUAAUCGCAGGUUUGUUAAUGCUGGUUGGUGUCAUAGCUCUUAUUUCAUUAUUCAGAGCAGAAGUAGGAAACAAAUUGAGACCUGCCUCCGUACACAAGUCACCGACGCUUACAUUUAAUUACGGAUUUAGUUUCCAGCUAUAUAUGGGUGGACUUGCUCUAAUUGAGGCAACAGGCUUCGUAGCGGAUUUAUUUUGUUAUCAACAUGGCACAGAAAAAAGAAAACCUUGGACGUGGAGGCUGUGCUUAGGAGUUAUACAGUCAUAAUUUCCGGCUUGGAUUCACAGGCCGAAAGUCCCAGGUGUAGCACCCGUUGCUCUAGCUCCUGGAUCAGUCGAAGUUACGGCUCCAGCACCCGGAACUUUCGGCCUCUGGGCCAAAAACGUAUAGUAUGUUUACAUAGCCUAUAAGUUCAACUUCCUCGGCGGGAGUUUUUUUUUUUUUUUUAAGUGUGA